AUGCCACCAAAGCGCAAGUCUGAGGUGACCACGAUGGCAGGCGAAAGCAUCAACUCACCCUCCAAGCGUGUCCGUAACGACGCCCCCAAUAUCCUGGCUUCAGGCACGGGGGCCUCCUCGAUCGCUGAUAGCCCUCAGACUGGAGAGAAGAGAAAGCGGGGUCGCCCACGCAAAACCCCUGAGGAAUCGACACCGAAGGCCUCCGACGAACCUAAGCGCGGACGAGGACGUCCCCGGAAAGUUCUCUCCGAGGCAGAUCUUGCGGCGGCAGCUGCAGCAUCGUCAGCUGUGAAGAGAGGGCGUGGACGCCCCCGCAAGGAGCCUGGCACCGCGACAGCUACCCCGUCUACUACACCGAAAAAGAAGGAUGGCCGUGGCCGUCCUCGCAAGGAACCUGGCACUACGACAGCUACCCCGUCUACAGCACCCAAGAAGAAGGAUGGUCGUGGGCGUCCACGAAAGGUGCCUGCCUCUGCACCGACGACCCCGGGAGUGACCCCAAAGAAGAAGGACGGCCGCGGACGACCGCGCAAGAGCUUACCUGCCAAUGGCACUGCAAGUGUCGUGGAGCCCAAAGCAGAGGACAAGGUUGCCGAGGAGAAGCCCGUCACCGAACCUAUCACCGAAUUCACCACCGAAAGCGCACCUUUGAUAGACACCGGCCGUUCAUACUGGUUGAUGAAGGCAGAGCCAGAGUCACGCAUGGAGAAGGGGGUGGAUGUCAAAUUCUCCAUCGAUGAUCUGGCUGCUGCAAAGGAGCCUGAGCCCUGGGAUGGAGUUCGCAAUCCCGUUGCGCGGAACAUCAUGAAGGAGAUGAAGCUGGGAGACUAUGCAUUCUUCUAUCACUCCAAUUGCAAGGUCCCCGGAGUGGUUGGCGUGAUGGAAAUUGUGAAAGAGCACUCGACGGAUGAAUCUGCCUUUGAUCCCAAGCACCCUUACUAUGAUCCCAAGUCCAGUCGCGAUGCCCCCAAGUGGGUGGCGGUACACGUCGAGUUCCGCCGCAAGUUCGACAAGCAGGUCACGCUGCAUGACCUCAAGGCUCAUGCCCAACCUGGCAAGGGCCUCGAGAACCUCCAAACCCUCAAACAAUCACGGCUCAGUGUAUCCUCAGUGACGCCAGCACAAUGGAAGUACAUCCUCGAACUGGCCGGCGAGGAUCCUCAGGCGAAUUCCUAG